GUGCUAUCAUACUUAGCAAAUAUAAAGCUCUUUUGUAAAAUUCCUAUGUCUUAAUCUCCUCCUCACGCAUUUCAUUACAAACUUCAUGAAGAUGUUCGUAAACUUCUUGAGAAUCUUUAUCUUAAAAAGAUUGGAAAGAAUAAUGAAAAACUUAACUCUUAAGUUUUGAAUAUGAUUAGUGAUGUCUUUGAUGGCAAAAAGUAACAACUUAAAUAAAACUAAAUUACAUAGUUAAAAGAAAGAUUAGAAACUCUUUGCAACUCAUAAUGCGAUCAAGUUUCUCCUGAUAAAAACGUAUUUAUGUAUAAACAUCAAUUUCAGGAAUAAGUAGAUAAUCAAUAAGGUGAUUAGCAAAUGAAGCUUCCUAAACUCUUUAAAACGAGAAAUACAUCAAAUGAAGUGUAUUAAAAAUAUCAACAAAAUAAUGAAAAUAGAAUUAAUCGAUUAGAAAAAACUAAUUUAAAUUCUUAACGAUAAUAAUCGCCUUAAAUGGUUUUGUAGUAAAGAGAAUAAGCUUUAAAAGCAUAUUGUAAUCCCUAUAGCAAAACACCUAAAAAUAAUAAUAAAGACAGAAAUACAUCUUAAGAUGAAUAUAUCUAAUUAAAUAGUCAAGACUAUAAAAGAAAAUUAGCAUAUAAAGGUAGAUAAUCCAAUAAUCCUUCGCCUUCUAAUUCUUUUUUAAAUGAUGAAAAAUUAAAAAUCAAUUAAAGGGCAUCUUAAUCUUUUAACAACUCACCUUCGAGACCUUAAUUUCAAAGAAAUCACUAUAAAAAUUUAUCAAAAUAGGAUGAUGUUUAAUUAGAUAGAAGUAAUAAAUAAUUACUCAAUGCUAAAGAAGUUAAUAUAGAUGAUAAUUUAUCUUAAAAUAUAAACUAAAAUUCGAAAUUGUAAAAGAGGAACAAGUUAAUAUUUUUAUCAUCAUAAAAAGCUGAAAAUCCUAAGAAUAUAUUUGUAAAUAAUUCAUAAACCUUGAUCAACGAAUUUACUGAUGUUAUUUAAACUAAGCAACUCAGUACAAAAAAUAAGCUAAGUUAAGUAAAUGAUCAUAUUUCUAAACAAUUAUUUAACUCGAAUUAGAAUAAAGCUAAGACAAAUAACAUUUCGGACAAGCAGGUUCUUGUUGAGCUGAGCAAAAACUAAUAACCUUUAACAAGUUAUUUUUAGAACCAAACAAGUGAUUUAAAAAAUAAAUAUAUUAACAUUAAAGAAAGAAGUUUUUCAUAAAAUACAAAUAACAGAGAUUUGAAUUUUAGCUUAAUAAUAAAUCAAAACAACGCUAAUAAUUUACCUCAAUAAAAGAAUAAUUUGAAUAACUCUAUGAUAAUAACAUAAGAAAAUAACAUUGUCCCAAAUGUAUUAAAGUAAUCUUUGUAAAAUAUAAACACUCCUAAUACAUUUUUAAAAGAUAUUAAAUCUACUUAAGAUUACCUGAAACAACACAAUAAUGAUAUUUGGACUUUGAUUGCAAGGUUUAAAAUUUAGAAAGAAGAGGAUAAAAAGAAAAGAGAUCAACUUAAGCAAUAAGAGUUAAACAAUAAAAUUAAAGAAGACUUAGAAAAACAGAUUCUAGAAAAACAGUAAAAUGCAAAAACACAGUUUAUUAUUGAUUAAGAGUAUGAGCAAAUAACUAAAAAGUAGCUAGAAUAAAUGAAAGAAAGUAAAUAAAAUUAAAAAUAAGAACAAUUGUAUAAAAAAAGAAUGCAAACACAAUUAUUGGAGGAAUAAAUAUAGGAAAAGUAAGAAUAAUUAUAAAAGGAGAAAAAGUAGAUAGAAUAAGAUAAUUUAAGACUCAUUUAAGAUUUACAAAAAUAACAAAAUGAUGAAGACAUCUAAAAAAAAAAUUAGAUUAAAAAAUAAAAAUAACUUUAUGAAGGUAUCAAAUAAGAUUACUUCGAAAGGUUUAAGAGAGUCAACAUGAAUGAAACAAAUGAAGAUUCAAAAAUUGCAUUUGAGAAAAAAAGGAUUGCAACAUAUGUUAAAGAGUUAGAGAAUUAAAGGCAACUUGGCUCAAGUAGUGAGUAAAAAUAAUAAGGAGUAGAUAAACUUAUAAAAAGAGAAAAAAUUAAACCUGUUGAUGACGAAAUACUAAAAGAUUGGGCCUAAUAAAUUAAUUAAAAGUAAAUUAAUAGUAAGUUAGAGAAAGAUUUACAGAAAAAAAUGUUAGAGGAAUAUUUAGAAUAAUGUGAAAAAAAUGAAGAAUAAGAUAUAAGGAAAGGGAUAGAGUAUAAAGUAAAGGUUGCACUUAAUCACCAAUCAAUAAAGGAACAGAUUGACCAAAAAAUGUCAGCUAAGAUUCCAGAAGCAUCUAAUUUUGAAAUUCAAAAUAAUUUAUCAAUACUAAGGGAAAUAGAUGAAUAUAUCAAAAAUGCUUAAGAGUGA